GGUAAGGAUCUGGUGAAAAAGUAGUACGUAUUUGCAAGGAUACAUCUUUCUACUUUCUAGACACACAUCGAGAAAGCUAAUAAGCUAUUGACCAGCGGGGCAACGGAAUAGCGUGCUGCUAUACGGUCAGUCAUACGGACUUUGUAUUUCGUGAUUCUUUUUUAUGACCUCAUUCGCCUCGAUGAGUGAAAAAAGUUUAGCUGAAGAAACUCAAAAAUCUGGAGAAAGUGAUUUGCCCAAAGGAGAAGAAUUUGGAGCUGAAAGUGUUGGAAUUUACUCUAAAAAUGUUAGGGAAAAUAAUCAAAUUAGGAAUUCAAUUGAUAGGAUCAGUGCAUUGCCGGAUUGCUUACUUGUUCACAUCAUAUCUUUUCUGGAUUUGAAGAAAGCUGCUACUACGAGUAUUUUGGCCAAAAGAUGGCAGUUUCUUUGGGCUGAAUUGCGGAACCUUGAAUUCGGAUUUUAUGAUUGGGGUAAAAGUAAGGAAACUAAGAAUACAUCUGACUUUGUGGCUUGGGUUAAUAGCAUCAUUGCUACUCGUCGUGGAAAUUAUCUUGAGAAGUUGAGGGUUACUUUCAAGUACGAGGAUUGCUUUGCUCCAGAUGUUGAUAAUUGGCUGGAGUUUGCCAUAAAAAGUAAGGUGAAAGAACUCGAUUUGGGAACUAGCUUCAGCAAAGAUUUGUACAUUCUUCGUGAAAUGAUGUAUUAUAAUUUAUCCUUGACAUCAUUGUAUUUGGAAGGUUGCAUUUUGGAUCCUAAAAGAACAAUCGUGUGGUCAUCUUUGACUACAUUACAUUUAUCAAGAGUGGAUUUGCCUGAAUAUGUAGUUGAAAAGAUAUUAUCAGGUUGUCCUGUUUUGAAUUCCUUGAAUCUGAGUAUGUGCCGCGGAUUCACUUGUUUGGAGAUCAACUCUAAAAAUCUCUGCAAGCUGCGGGUGUGGGAAUCUGAAGAAGGAAGUGAACCUUUAUUGCAAAUCUCAGCACCCUAUUUAAAAGAUUUGAAUCUUUGGUUGUCUCAUAGACAAAGACAGUUAAAGCUCAAAAACAUUUCAUCCCUUGUUAGUGCUAGUUUUGAUUAUUCCGAUCCAUUUGGGCAUUUGACCUCUGAGGAUGUAAGUAAUACAAAGGAAGUUUUUGAAAAGAUUCAGCAUGUGGAGGAGCUUAAUUUGGGGCCUGGACCCGUUAAGGCUCUAGCUGGGCUGAUGCUUAAUGGUUGGCAGCUUCCAAAAUAUAAGCUAUGGUGGUUGAAAAUAGAAUUGGUAUGUGGUGCUUCAGAAACCAUACCCGGCAUUUUGGGUGUGCUGGAAUCUUCUCCAGUCAUUGAGACAUUGGUCAUUAUUUGUGAGGACUCCCCCCAUGGAUUGGACGAUCACUGGGGCCCACCUGCAAAAGAUAAUUUGGUUUGCGACUUAUUGCACUUGAAGAUGAUCAAAUUGAUUGACUUGGCAGAUCCAGAUCUUGAUGGUGAACCAUUGCUCACGUUGGCCCGAAUCCUUCUUAAGAGGACACCAGUAUUGGAAUAUAUGGAAACAUAUGUUAGCAUUAAAGAUGCAGAUUUCUUUGCCAAGAUAGGACUAACCUUGCUCAGUUACCCUAGAUCCUCACCAAAUGCUGUCAUCGAUCUAUCAGAUUGUUGAUUUUUAUGUGUUUAAUUUCUUUAAAAUGUAAGGCAUUUAGUAUUCUCUACCUGUUUUUUCUAUUCUGUCUAACUUGCUACUAGUGGGAUGUUUUUUCUGCAUUUCAUAUUUAAAACACUUUUGGUACUUGUGGUAGAAGUUUCUGAAUAGGCAUGGCGAAAAAACCCCGCAGAUUAUACCGUGGGAUCAGCCCACGGUGCGCACGGUGUGCCGAUCCCUAAGCGCCACCGUUUUAAUUAAAAAAGAGUCAUCUUCUUCCUUCCCAACUGUUAGGCAGGCCUUUCCUCCCUUCGCAGAGUCAAUUUAGAGACAUGGAAAAUCAUCGGAGCCCCCGUUGGGUAUAGAUUUGUGCAGCGCAGUCCCCAACCAAUAAAAAAAACUCUGGGUUCGCUUCUUUGAAUCAUGAAUCGACACCCCUAGUCCUGAAGAGAAAGCGUCAUUAGCUGCUGAAGAAUAGUGCUCUUUGAAUCUAAAUCUUUGAAUCUAAAUCUAUAAUAGUGCCUCUUUGAUUUUGUGGAAAGAAUGAGGGAAGGGAAGCUUACUGCUCUUUUACAUAUACUCGAAUGGAGUAUUGAUCUCCAUUGUGUUGAUGGAUGCAUUAUGCAUAUGGAGUAAUUGGUUUAUAUGUAUACUAACUAAUACAUGGAGUUAAAAUG